CAGGAGGGGCUAGACUUGGGUGCUAUGAAGCACCUUGGCGGAAAUGGCAUUUUCGGCCCACGAUAGCUCCUAAACCGGGGUUCUAGAGCUUCACUAUAUAUGACGUCCCGGGAGGAACACCACCUCAAUGUUCAUAGCACCUCCUCAUUCCUCAUUCUCUAGUCCCCUUUCCACUCCCAUCCUCGGACACCCAAACCUUCGACUAUCCUUCGUGUUUCUUAGCUCGGCAGGCUAUAAAUAUCACAGACGAGACAAUACAUUGUCUCGUAUAAUUAGAAACAAAGGAACUUAACGUCCUCCACAUUCCACAAAGGACUAUUCACAAUGUCGAACCUAGCUCCGAGGAUGUCUCGAGUUGCCCCUUCAGUGGGUAGACUUGCUCGUGCCACUCCCCGUGUAGCACCAGCAAGCGGUCUUGCCGCUCGAGUAGCUAGCACAGCCGCCUGCCAAUUCCCUACCCCUCAAGAGAACACACGCCGCUCUUUCCACAACACACCGGCGCGCGCCUCCAAGCGUGAAACUAUUCAGAACAGCCCUCAAGUGCUACCUGAAUUCAGCUUGCAGGACAAGGUUAUCGUCGUUUCGGGUGGUGCACAAGGUCUCGGUCUCGUCCAGGCCGAGGCUCUACUAGAAGCAGGCGCUAAAGUACACGUCUAUGACAGACAACCCGAACCCGGCUCCGGCUCAUCCUACCAGAAGGUAGCCCGUCGAGCCAGAGAGGAGCUAGGUACCUCAUUAACCUACCACCAAGUCGAUGUACUAGACGCGGCCGAAAAGCUUCACAAGGUCACCGAAGAGAUCGUCGCCAAGGAGGGACACAUCGACGGGUUGGUCGCUGCAGCUGGUAUCCAGCAGGAAACCCCAGCUCUAGACUACACUGCGGAGGACUCGAACCGCAUGCUCGGAGUCAACGUUACCGGCGCCCUAAUGACCGCGCAGGCCGUGGCCAAGCACAUGUACGAGAACGACACUCCCGGUAGCAUCGUCUUCAUUGCUUCCAUGAGCGGCACCAUCGCCAACCGUGGUUUGAUCUGCCCUGUAUACAACGCCUCCAAGGCUGCCGUCCUCCAACUAAGCCGCAACUUGGCCAUGGAAUGGGGUAUCAAGAACAUUCGAGUCAACACAAUCUCCCCCGGCUACAUCGUCACCGAGAUGGUGCAGAAGCUCUUUGAGAAGUUCCCCGACCGGGCUGUCGAGUGGCCUAAGCAGAACAUGUUGAACAAGCUCAGCAAGCCCGAGGACUACCGGGGCGCCGCCGUCUUCCUACUCAGCGACGCCAGCCGCUUCAUGACUGGUGCCGAUUUGCGUAUCGACGGUGGUCACGCCGCCUGGUAGAGAACCAAACUACAUAUAAGUAGAAAUGCGUGAGAAAGUCCAAUGAAAGGGAGAUAUAAUGUCGAUAUCUACUUAAAUUGGCAAGUAUAGAUAUAAGCUAGGGCGACCCAUCUCGAAUGAACGAACGAAACGCAAGAGCGUUUCUUAUGGUUCAUGGCUGCGCUUGAGGAUUAUGGAUUUGGA